AUUGCUGAUAUUAAAAGAGCAAAUAACCUCAUAAAUAGUCAAGACUUUUAUGCCUUGAAACAGUUGAAAAUUCCUGUAAAAAAAUACAGUUUGUUGACUGAAAUUUUACCUGUGAUCCCAAAUGAAAAUAAUUCACAAAGUUCUAUGACUGUUGAGGAGCAUAAUGUAAGAACUAUUAAUAUUGGUAUUGGACCUGGUGGACGUAGUCCAUCACCUGAAGAAGCAGCAGCAUUUUUCAGACGAAUGGAUGAAGAUCUUGUAAAAAUUAUGCUUAGCACUAAAUCCCAAAAAGAUUCUCUGGAAGCUGCUGCUGUUGCUCUUACUUCACCACAAAUACAGCCUCUUGUUAAAGAUCCAUAUAACACUGUUGAUUGUGGAAUACAGUGGAAUUAUUUAAUUGUUUGUGUGAUAGUUGUUGCAAUUGUUAUACCAGCUGCUAUUGCCUUGUUUAUAUAUAUGCGAUCAUCGCAAGAUCACCACCACCAUCACCACCCUGAUGUGUAUCCCAGUGCUUCCUCUAAUCAGUCUUUUGAACCCGUGACUAAAUCUAGUAUAAAAAAAGGAUAAUAUUUUUUAAAUUUCUAAUUUAACCUAUAUACUGUAUAAAUGUACUAUAUGAUAGUCUUCCAGUUAAUUUAAUUAAAACUGCAGUGGCAAUAGUUUGUGCCAAAUCUCAAAAAUUACUUUUAUCAGUACGCUAAAUGCUAAUUUGUUGCAAAUUUACUGGGUACAAAAUAUUUUAAGCAAAAUUUUGUAUUAAAUUAUUCUUAGAAAAAGUUAAUUAUUAUGCUAGAUUUUUUUUAAUGUAAUUCAAAACUGGAUAGUAUUUUUAUUUUAUUUUAUUUAUUUUUUUAAAUUUCAAUGCAAUUUAUUCAUGCUUGAAAUAUAGAAAUAUAUGCAAAAUAUUUGGUUUCAAAAUUUCAAGAUCUAUUCUUGUGGAAAUAUAGUUUUAGAUUUCUAAGUCAUUUAAAAAUCAUUUGUGUUAAGUUUGAAAGGCAAAGAUUUUCCAUAAGAAGCCUGUACAAAUAUUUCCCCAAUAGGUAGGUCUAAAGACACAUUGAAUUAUAAGAUGCAUUUGACAUUUAUUGUAUAAGUUUUUUGGAUAGAUAUUCUUAUUUUUCUGUAUAUAACUUAAUUUUAAAUAUAAGAGUCCACAGAUUUAACCUCUUCGCGCCGACUGUCACGUAUACGUGCCAGCAACAAACACACUUACCUACCGGCCGACACGCA